GCCAUUCGACUGGGUCGUCUGCGCGGAGUUGAGAACAACUUUCGUCUCUCUCAUCUGCACUUGUCCGACAACCAACAAGCUCUUCGGCACCACCAACUCCGCCUGCAACAGUGGCAUCGGUUACGACGACUGGUUCAACCACCAGCACCUCUCGCCAGCGCAGAGGCGCAAAGCAUCCAAAGUCAUGCCGACGGGCCAGCAAACAUCAGCCCCCAAAGUCACUCAGAAAUGACGUCGUUGAGCCAAAGGCCCGACGGCAUGGAUUCGCCCGAAGGUCGCAUUGCAGUCGAUCUGGUGCACACCGAGCCCGAGUCCCAGCAUGACGUGGAGGCAGAUGAUAAAGAGGAGGACAUGUGGCUCAUGCAAAAGUCGCUCAUGAAACGAGUGGUGAGGCUGUUUCCGGGGCAACGAGCAAGACGAUGGAGGCGGCCAGAGCACUUUGACACUCAAGCCGAAGAAGAUUACCGCAAGCAAUCGGUGUUGGAGCCAUGGAAGAGGGCGUUGAGGCGAGUCAAAAGGGAUGAACACUACUUCGCCGUUAUAAGACAGUCGUUUGGCAUGGAUACGGUGAGCUGGCAUAAAAUAUAA